GCACCGCUACCCAUGCACAUGGAGAGCAACUGCUCACUCAUCCUUCAGUUGCUGUUGUCAUGAUGUAUUUCUUGACUCACCCACAUUUUUUAUUAAUUGAGCUCUGGUUUGAAUCUAAUCCAAUCUAAUAGUCAUCAUGAAAUUCUUUUCCUUUGGCUCAAAGAGCAAAGACAAUGCUUCUCGCAAGUGUGACAGUGAGACUUCCAGAAGCAUGCGAAGCCUGACCAGUGACAGCAAAAAACAAAAGAACAAGAGCAAGAAAUCGAGCAAGGACGAAGCACCCAACAACAGUUCCAAGUCCCCCAGCAAUGCUGAUAUUGCUUCGGAAUGGCUGACGAACACAUCCAAUUUUGAGGCAUAUGACGCCCAGAGUUUUGCAGACAUGUGGACAUCGUACUUUGCCGAAGACUCCAAGGUUGUCCUGGAAGAUGGGGAGAGUUACAGUCCCUUGGCAUGUGCGCAGAUAUUAUACUCUACCUAUCUGAGUUUCCCUGAUCUGAAGUUCCCUUAUGCUCCCAUCCAAGACAAUCCCAAAGAUCCCAAUUGCGUGUACAUUGAGGAAAUUUAUGUCAGUGGAACCCACAAAGGCGCGCCCUACACACUCAUGCCAGGGGUGCUACCGGAGGUUCAGCCCUCCGGCAAGUUCAUCUCCAAUGAUGAGCAGCGGUUCAUCUUGAAAAUGAAAAAUGGCAAAAUCCAAAAGUGUGAAGUCGUGGCUAUGGGCAGUACCACUGGUUUUGCGGGACUCUAUACGCAAGCCGGUGGCAGCCUUGAGGUGCCAGUUAACAAUGAUGAGAGAAAGACUAAUUAGAUCAGUAGAUUGAUAUAACAUCAUGUAAUGAUGCAUCCCUUAGGUACCUGUGGU